AUGGCCGACUCAAACAACCCCAGCAGCGCCGUGAUCCCACCACCAACGCGUUCCAACCGACCCAUGAGCGAAGCGCUACUGAACGAAAAGUGGGACCACUGCCUCAGCACCCUCCUCAUUCGCUCCGGCUUGGGCGCAUCGUUUGGCGUGAUCUUCUCAGUCCUCCUCUUCAAGCGUCGAGCAUGGCCGGUAUGGGCAGGCCUAGGAUUUGGAGCCGGACGAGCAUGGGAAGAAUGCGAUAGCAGCUUUAAGCGCGCGACCGCGCCGUCUCGUGAUGGCCUUCGUGUGCUCAGACCGUGA